AUGCAAAUUUACCUUGAAGAGGCGCUUUUCGACGGGCGUUGUCCUACAUCCCCUUUUGAAUGCAAUGACGGUGAGGUGGACCAUUUGCCGCUGCAACAGCAGCUGUUGCAGACACGCUCUCCUACGUUGCCACCUGGUGACAAAUUCGAACGCUGUAGCAAAGUGACGGACUUCUUCUCUCUUCCGCUUCACCGUCAGGCGGUAGAGUUGGCAAACGCCCUCCUUAGGCAGUUUGUGUUUCGGGUGUACAAGAGACGUGUGCCAGAAAUCGUGCCAGCUUUUAACAACGCCUUCCCGAGGACGACACAUACACUGACAUGCAAGCCGCUCGUGCGUGCGCUGCUGGAGGAAAUGGGUCUCAUUGACGAACACAGCACCACGGCUGACGAUGCGGAGGUGGAACAGUCUCCACUCAUGCACUUUCAAAUGCGCCCACAGUUCAGUACUGAGAGCAGCGCGACGAUGGAGAUGGAGAAUGGGGACACGCUGCUGGAGCAGCUGGUGCGCAAAGCGCUGAAUCAGUUCCACGAGCGCCACCCUGGACGCUACCAACUCAAUAGCGAGGAUUCUUCAGUGGAUAGGAGUAACAGCAUCAUUGGAAACCGCACCACAAUGUCCCGCUCUUACCGAGGAAGCAGAACGAUCUACGAACGUAAAAACAACAUGGCGCUCCCCACCAGCAACAGCGGGCUUAGCUCCAACAGUAAAGUUAUGUCCCCACAUGGAUCGCGAGAGACGGUGACAAGUGCGCUGCGCAGCUUCUUCACGGAAUACCGUACUGAGGAUGAGCAGGUCUUCAUUGUGGCCGCCGCUCUCAUGUGUCAACACGUCACUCACCCAUACCUGCUGCCGGUGUCCGUGCCUCACGCGUUUGAGGCGGUGCCUGGCAAGGAUGGAAAUAGCACCGAGAAUGCGCUGGUGAUGGGCGUCAGGAACAUGAUUAGCCUUGACGGCUCCACCCAUGACGCAAACAGGGAUGACGCGGGGAAGCUAUCGUCUGAGCUCCUCGCCCUUGGCGACUUGCUCAAGGGUGUGCAGCAGGACACCGUGCCGUGGCGGGCGCUGGCUGCCCUGCUAGGGGAUACCGUCUCAACAGUGUAUGCGGUUGCACGUGAGCAACUGUUGGAUAGCGCUUCUAGCACGGUAACGUCUACGCAAUCAUCGCUGACAUAUAAUGAGGCUUCUUACCACCGAAAUAAAUUCGUCAUGCUAACGGGGGGUGAAAACCGCGAUGUGCAUGAGAGUCUGGGGAAAGAAAGGCGGCGGCGACUCCCGAGCCUGCUCUGCCUGUACUUGCAAUUCCACUUACAGCGUGGAGCGUCGUUGGAAGGGGGCGUUAACAGGCGAGUGUCCCGGAUAGAUCGGGAGCAGAUACAGCUGAACACGAUGUCGGCGAGUAUGCGUGAAAGCUCGAGCACUCAUAAGCUUUCACCCCUUCUUCGCUCCAUGGCUAUUUCUGGCACCACGCCGGUAAUGCAUUCUCUGGCCAGCUCACCAUCGCGCAUUGUGUCGGUACAGUCAAUCGAGAAGAUGACACGAAUAGGGAAGGGAUCGAGUGGGGUGUUGUACGCGGUGCCGCGCCUGGAUACAGGAGAGCUUGUGGCGGUAAAGUGCAUCUACAUCACAGAACACUCACGGCCACAUGUGGAGAAUGAGCUUUCAGUGCUUAAACGCAGCAUCGGUAUUGACAACACCAACAGCAGCAGCAACAACAAUAAUAAUCAUCACCACCUCAUGGAUGAGAAGGGUAAUACCACCGAGAAGCAUGCACCCAACGGCGCCGAGGGCGGUGAAAGCAAUAAUGCGAGUGAAGAUGCCCGUGGAGUUGUGCGAUGCUACGAUAUGUUCGCCGAAGGAGGAUGUGCGUACAUUGUGAUGGAGCUGAUGGACAGUGGGAGUCUCAAGGAUGUCAUGAACCGGCGACCCGGCUGUGCGUUUAGCGAGGAGGAAUGCUGUGCAAUUGCUUUCCAGGUGUUGCAUGGUCUGCGCUAUCUGCACGACACAGUGCGGCAGCUGCACCGCGACCUGAAGCCGCACAAUAUUCUUCUUAACCGUGCUGCAGGUGCGGCGAAACUAAGUGACUUUGGCCUGAGUUCCCAUCAGCUGCACAGUAUGGGUUUUUACCAAUGCGACACAUUUGUCGGUACCUUGGCGUACAUGUCACCCGCUCGGGUGGACGCUGACGCGGCCUACGGUAAGGAGAGUGACUUCUGGAGCCUCGGCAUCACGCUGCUGGAGAUGGCACUCGGAAAGUUGCCCUUCACGCCGACUAUCUUCACCAUUGCGAGCUUCCGCACACAUCCGCCACGACUCCCGGCCGCACUCGUCAAUGUCACGCCAAGAGAUAACAUGAGUCAGGGCGGUGACGCUGACGAUGAACACCCCGUCAGGAAUAACACGACAGUUUUCUCUGACGCGUUUCGGGACUUCAUCAGUGCCCUGCUGCCCGCGGAGCGUGAGAGGGACUGCACGUCGCCGGCGACACUCUCGGACGGAGAGGAGUCGCUGCGGUCCUGCGCCUGUACGUACUCGGAACAGCGCCACGGCCCCACGUCAUACACUGGGUGCGACGUAGACGACGAUGGGGUACUGCCAAUGACACUCAACGAUGGUCUCGUACUCCCCGCCGUGAUAAAGCUGCCAAAUUGGAAGCCAAUCGACAUCACUUCGCCUAUGAUGCAUCGGGACGCCCUACAGGAGACGCCACGCUCACCACGCUCACCACCGGAGCCACAUGCCUCUUGUGUGAGGCAACACCCGCCCAACGAGACCGGCGGUGCGGCACAUUGGAGCGGUGCAGCCCCGACGGAGGAGGAAAAAGGGGAAUAUGAAGAUGAUUCGGUGGCGGAGGUGACAGCAACGGCGCUCCUGCUCCACCCCUGGCUGCGGGGCAUGACGUGGGAGAAGAGUGCAACAGUCCUGUCACGUAUUUCAUUGGAGCCACCCGUACCGCCUGCGAGGAAGACGAUUUGA